CCGCCGCGCACCCAGUCUCGCGACAUGAACUCAAACAGCCUCCAGUAUCUGGGGAUCAGGGUCUGGUUUGUAAGACGGCCUGCACGCCUGCAGCUGGGGCAGAAUUAGAAAAUUCAGAAAGGAAAGUUGAAGAGACGGGGAAGGAAGGAUGCAAACGCGAGGCUGUGCCUGUCUCGAGGGCCUGUGAGCCACGAACCAGGCUGAGCCCUCCCAGCUGUGAAAACGCGCAGGGCGGGGCGCCUUCGGACCUGGAAGUCGCCUCUGCCCUCACCAGAGAUGGCGGCUCCGGCGCCGCUCGCCCACCUCUCGUAACCAAUGGCGCCGCGGCGCUCAGCUGACUCACGUGGGCGCCCUCUGCCCUAAGCUGACGCAACGCCCCUGUGGCGGAAACCGCUGGUGCACGUUGGGGUGCUAAGCCGGCGGCAGUUUUGCGUCUAUGUCCUUGGAGGUGAUCACGGCCACUGCAGACAUGGUGCUAGCAGAGCUGUACGUCUCUGAACGAGAGGGCGAUGAUGCCACGGGAGAUGGAACCAAGGAGAAGCCAUUUAAAACCGGUCUAAAGGCUUUGAUGACAGUAGGAAAAGAACCAUUUCCUACCAUUUACGUGGAUUCACAAAAAGAAAAUGAGAGGUGGAAUGUUAUUUCUAAAUCACAGAUGAAGAACAUUAAAAAGAUGUGGCAUAGGGAACAAAUGAAGAGUGACUCCCGGGAUAAGAAAGAGGCAGAAGAUAAUUUACGAAGAGAAAAGAACCUGGAAGAAGCCAAGAAGAUUACCAUUAAAAACGAUCCAAGUCUCCCAGAGCCAAAAUGUGUGAAGAUUAGUGCGUUAGAGGGAUAUCGAGGCCAAAGAGUAAAGGUGUUUGGCUGGGUCCACAGGCUACGUAGGCAAGGAAAGAAUUUAAUGUUUCUGGUGUUGCGAGAUGGGACAGGUUUUCUUCAGUGUGUCUUGGCGGAUGAGUUGUGUCUGUGCUACAAUGGACUACUCUUGUCCACGGAGAGUAGCGUGGCAGUGUAUGGAACGCUAAAUCUUACCCCAAAGGGCAAGCAGGCUCCAGGUGGCCAUGAGCUGAGUUGUGACUUCUGGGAACUCAUUGGCUUGGCCCCUGCUGGAGGAGCUGACAACUUGAUCAACGAGGAGUCUGAUGUUGACGUCCAGCUCAACAACAGACACAUGAUGAUCCGAGGAGAAAACAUGUCCAAAAUCUUCAGAGCACGCUCCAUGAUCACCAGGUGCUUUAGAGAUCACUUCUUUGAUAGGGGGUACUGUGAAAUUGCUCCUCCAACAUUAGUGCAAACACAAGUAGAAGGUGGCUCCACGCUCUUCAAGCUUGACUACUUUGGGGAAGAGGCAUUUUUGACUCAGUCCUCUCAGUUGUACCUGGAGACUUGCCUCCCAGCCCUGGGAGAUGUUUUUUGCAUCGCACAGUCAUACCGGGCAGAACAGUCCAGAACACGAAGGCACCUGGCUGAGUACACUCACGUGGAAGCCGAGUGUCCUUUCCUGAGCUUUGAGGACCUCCUGAACCGGCUGGAGGACUUGGUCUGUGAUGUGGUAGACCGAGUACUGAAGUCACCUGUAGCCAGCAUAGUGCAUGAACUCAACCCGAACUUUAAGCCCCCCAAACGGCCUUUCAAACGGAUGAACUAUUCAGAUGCUAUCGUGUGGCUAAAAGAACACGAUAUAAAGAAAGAAGAUGGAACUUUCUAUGAAUUUGGAGAAGAUAUCCCAGAAGCUCCUGAGAGACUGAUGACAGACACCAUUAAUGAACCAAUCUUGCUGUGUCGAUUUCCUGUGGAGAUCAAGUCCUUCUACAUGCAGCGAUGUCCUGAGGAUCCCCGUCUUACUGAAUCUGUCGACGUGUUGAUGCCCAAUGUUGGUGAGAUUGUGGGAGGCUCAAUGCGUAUCUGGGAUAAUGAAGAAAUACUGGCAGGGUAUAAAAGGGAAGGGAUCGACCCCACUCCCUAUUACUGGUAUACAGAUCAGAGAAAAUACGGCACAUGUCCACAUGGAGGCUAUGGCUUGGGCCUGGAACGAUUUUUAACAUGGAUUCUGAAUAGGUAUCACAUCCGAGACGUGUGCUUAUACCCUCGAUUUGUCCAGCGCUGCAAGCCAUAAUCCAUUUCUCCAGAAGUGCGGAGGAAAGAUUGUGAAAAAAAAACAGGCUGCCUCUUUAAAAAAGAAAACAAAAAUCCAAAAUCUUCCUUUUUUCAUUCCAUUGCGGUUUUCUCUUUCUUUUUUUCCUUUCUGCUGCCAUAAAAAGUACCCCAAAUCACCUGAACACCAAGUGACAUUAAGGUUGUCAUCUUAAGAUAAUCCAUUACAAAGUUUGGGGGAAAUAUCUGGCAUGAAACUGUAGUUAGGGAUACAUUUCAGCAUUUUAUUCACUUCAUUCAAGUUAAUCGUUUUAUUUAAGUUAUAUCUGUGUAAUUCAACAGUUUUAGAUCAUGGUCUAAGAUACUCCAGUAACUUAAUCUUCCUGUCCUUUUAAGUGUACCUGGAAUUCUUUGAUUUAUUUUAUUGCAUCAAUGAGUUAAAACAAAAAUCUUGGAGGGGAAAUUGGCAAUAUGGUAUAAAAAUGUGCUCAUAUUAGACCACAGUAUAAUUCAGCAGUAGACACUGGAAUCAAAUGAAUACAGUCUUUUGAAUCAGUUGUUAAUCUUUUCUGAGUCUGCAUAGCUGCUUAUAAGUAAGUCUGAGGCACACUGACUGAUAUGGAAGAAUUUAUAAAAACAGAAUUGCCUUAUAGGUGUUGAAGUAAGAGCAUAAUUUUGGGGAGAGUUCUUCAGUGAUUCACAGCAUCCCUCUUAGCAUUAGUUUAAGGUAAAGAGGCAGACUGCUCUUCCCUCUUUCCUGGUAAUUCCUAAGUAAUUAAGAAUCAGUAAGUUCCAAAAGAAUUUACAGCUGGAAUCUUAAUAACAACUGUAAGUGGCUGUUUUAGUUGCUACCACUUUGUCCUUACAUCUAAUCUGUGCUACCUUAUUAACUCACAGCAGACUUACUGGAUGGCUUCAUUUCAGGUUUAGUUAAUUUCUCCCCCAAAUGCAUGUCAUGUAUUCUCAAUAAGCUGUACUCACAGCAGUCAAUAAAUGAACACAGGUAAAAACUUC